AUGCAGCCGAAUUCUAAGCUCGAGCAGCUCAUAUAUCUGUACCAUUCAAUCCGGAGUGGCCUUCACUCCGAUAACCAGAUCUUGCGCUAUGAGUCGAUCGUAUGCAGUGCCUGGAUUGUGUUGAAGGUUUUGCCGUUUGGCCUGUUCAAGCUAUUUAUGCGAUACAAUAUUUACUUGUUUCUGGGGUCUAACCCAUUCCAGGUUCAGAUCGAUCUCAUCAUGCUUUUCCCCACACCACGGUCAUUUUUGAGAUACACUCGCUCUAGGAAAAUGGAGAAAUGCUCUGAGAAGGUCGUCCCUAACCCAGUUUGUUAUAACACCUUUCCGAGUCAAGAAAAAACGGACGAACACUCGGAUAAGCAGCUUAUCCAAUCCCUAGCUCUAGAUGAGCCGUCUGUCCAGUUCCCAGCUUCCGGGCUUCAGCAACGAAUGUCUUCCACGUCUACCGACCUAGUCGACAACUACCACUUCUGCCUUGUUGAUGGACGAUACUUCUAUCAGAUCGAAGACCAGAUAGAUCUCUCCUCAUUCCGUCGGCGAAUUCCAUGGUCCGCUAGAUACCCGCCAGACAAGUGCUCUUCCGAAGAAUUUCUUCUUCUCAGUCAAGACCUGCCUCGCGGCCACUCUUACUUGCAGGGUACACCUGCUUUAUAUGACACAUUCCGCCGCAUCUUUAGGGAAGAUCUCCGGAAUACUAUCAAAAACUUCGCCACGCACAGGGACGCUUGUGGUGGGUGCUCAGUGGGGAAUUGUUCCGAAUUAUUUCGUUUGAUGUAUAUGCUAUUGCGGGAUAUAGUCGGUACACAGAUCACCGUUUGUCUCAACGACAGGGAUUUCAUCUCUCAUGACGGCAAAAAUAUAUCCUGGCCUUUGCUAGCCUCUGUUCAACCGCGGGAAUCAUCAAUGGUGAUGUUGCAUUUUGAACUGGAUACACGUUCUGAACUAGAUUCAUGUUCUGAACUGGACUCGGGUAGGAUAACGAUGGAGAUUGGGUGGGCUGAUUUGUGGGACAUCAAUGGGCUUGGAAUUUUCGUUUACCCACUAAAUGACCUAUGGAGUGAAAUCGCCGACAUACUUCCUGGGUGGUCCGGGAGUAUCUCCUCGGCGUAA